AUGGCUAGUCCGCCUCCGCCGUUUACCGUUCGCAUCUUAGAGAGAGACUUCUUGGGCACAACUAGUUCCUCGGUAAAGGAGGACUUCACAAACCUCUUACCAGCUAGUGCUCGUUUCAACGAUGAUAUUGUCACUCCGACGUCGGAUCCAAAUUUCCUGGAGAGAGAACUAUCCGUGUCGCGUCUCACCGAUGUGCAAGAAUAUCUCUGGAUGUGCGGCCGCUUGAUGCCCCCUCGUCAACUUCAUCACCAGAGGCUCAUCUCUCGAGACAUCGUCAUCAGUGAGCAAGCUGAGCUUCACAUGGUUUGGUGGAGGAAUCGCAUCUUCCUCAAGCCCAUGCCAAAGUAUCUGCUCGAUCCAAGCUUCUGGGCCGCCAACAUCAGCGAUACAGCGCAUCUUGACGACGCAACACAGGGUAACCUUGAUGCCUCAGCGCGAGGGUUUCUCUUCUCUUAUACCGCGCUCAUCGCAUACAAGAGUGACUUUCGCAUCGCGAAAGAGUAUGGGUUACUCCCGGAAGAGGUAACCUGGGAAGGAUGGAAAGCCUUUGCCGCAGAGGUUCUCGAAAACCAUCGCUACGACCGCGUCAAUCCACGAUAUUGGUAUGGAGAGUUGCGCUUAAGCAGACUCAACAAGAUUUACGCGUUCCGAAAGGGAUAUCUACUGCGCGGAUACUCAAGAGUCGCAUCUCACACCGUCUAUGGCGAUCUAAUCCGCGACAACUUCUCAGUGCUAGCAGGUAUCCUAGCUUACGUCGUGAUCGCACUUACAGCGAUGCAAGUAGGACUGAGCGUUGAUGGAUUAGUCGAUGAACAGGCGUUCCAAAACGCCAGCUAUUUCCUGACUGUAUUUGCAUUGAUUGUGCCACUGAUAGGCGCGAUGUUUAUUUUCUUGCUUGUCUUUGUUAUGAUUGUUAGUAACUGGAGGGUUACGAAGACGUUUGAGAGUAGGCGUCUGAAGAAGAUGAAGGUGAAACUUUUGCGGCGGAGGGAAUAA